AGUUAUUUUUCUACGUCUUAAAGUAGUCCUUCACAAAUAUGAUAGAUUAAACAGUAAUGAUAUACACAAAACGUAUUUGUCUGAAGUGUGUUUUAUGUAUAAAUAUCUAUGAUUUACAUAUCUAUGUUAAGCUCUAUGUUACUAGCUUACAAUAUCCCACUUACUAUAUCCUCACAAGAGAUUUUCCCUGAACUUGCUUUUCCCCUACAGAUAUUAAAAACAGAUGUUUAAUGUUUAUUUUAAAAUGUUUUUAUUUCUUAUUUUAAAAAAAAUCUUGUAAUUAAUAUUUAUUUUGUGUGUCUGAUGUUAUCUAACGGAGCUGCAGAAGUGAUGGUCAGGAAAUGUUUCUAAAGGCUGAUAUGAGGUGGUUUGCAAUAAGUGCUUUGUUUUCUUUUAUACCUUACUCAAACUGAAACUGGUCGAGUGGCUAAGUGGGAACGUAUAAACUGAUGUAACAUGUUACAUUUUAACCUUGUCAAAAGUUGGUGGUGGUGCAGCAGUUCAAUAGAUUUCAUUGGAUGUUUUUUUCUCUCCCCAGGGGGUGAGAGAUCACAGUUAAGCGUGUAUGUGCUGGUGGAUGGAUGCCCUGCACCAAUUUUUUUUUCUUUCGCGUGUGAACCUGAGAGAUAAAAUCUUGCAAAGUAACAAAACGCUGUGAAGUAGAAGACAAGCUGACAAGACCUUUUUUAAUUUACGCCUCCAGUUGAGUCAGCUUUUAAUCCGAGAACAGUAAUUUGCCCAACUCUGCUGGAGAGUACAUUAGUGAUGAUUAUUGAUAAGAUUUCAUCAAUACCAGUGUCAUUAUUGAUUCUGCUAAUAGGCCUUAUUCUUUAUCUAUUUGCUUAUCUAUUCUUGAUCAAUUUUCUGUGUGAGGAAAAGGCCCACAAAUGUUUUAUUAUUUGAAACAGAAGCAGGAUAAAAACGGCUUUCAUGUGUGCACUGCGCUGAGUCUGAUGCCAUAAUUUCUUACUCUGGAGCUGCAUCUGAUAGAUUAGAUAUUCUAGUUCUCGAAUCCCAUCCCUGGACUACAUAUAUGCACAUCAUAUACGGAGAGUACAGCUCUAACCUGAACACUAAAACUACUUGACUCACAGGAACAGAAGUCUGAGGAAAGACAAACAGUUAAAUCUUCCCUCUUGUUUUCUGCUGUACACGGCACUUUGUGCUUCCAGAAUCCUAUCAGGUGGAAUUUAGAAACGCUGCUCUGCAGUUCUCUUAUUUCCCUGGCUGCUAAACAAACCUAAACUAAGCUAAGCUAAGCUAGCUGUGCACAAACACCGUUUUUUUCCCUCCCGGGGGCACGAGAGAAAUCACCGUGGCCAAAUUAAUUUUCUCCCUUCUGCUUGUGCUGCUGCAACCUGAGGGAUCAUUGAGGCAGAGAAUCAGCCAAAGAGAAGGGAGAUGGUGCUGAAGGAGAGAAGGAAAGGGGAGCAGUGGAAUUUUAAUGUGGCUGUGUCUUGUCUCUUGCUGCCUGCCAACGAAAAGCAAUUACUAUCAUAGCUCCCCUCUCUGCUGUGUGUGUGUGUGUGUGUGUGUGUGUCCGUGUGUGUGUGUGUUUGUGCUUACCUUUGAGUGGGUGUCUGACUGCACUUUAGAACACAGGGAUUUGGUAUGUUAAAUGUACAAAGGGUAGAUUGGCUCAUAUCCUGCAGGGUAUUUGGGAACACUGAUAUACUAGAUGGUUGUUGUGUAGAACUGGACAGUAGUUAGAGUGUUGUUUAGAUAUCGUAAAACAUUGGUUUUUAAACUUUUUGUGCCCAAAGGGCAAGACAGAUUUUCAAGUCACACCUGUAUAACAGCCUCUGAGUGUCAUCUGAGAUGUCAUCAGUUCUUUUGAUUGCAUUUUUUUGCACCACCUGGACCUACCAUACAACACCUGUAAUAUUCUAAAAGAAUGUGUCACAAGGUCCUCUGGAAUGCAACUUGCCUCCAACACCUUAUCAGACACGUUCCCGCAAUCCAACAAACAGUUUAGCUUCCUUUGGUUCAAAUCCAGCUCUCUUUUUGAAGCGGGCCAAGCGACUCUCAAAAGGGAUGUUUGGUUUCCAAGUGCCUCCUUAACUUGCUUGGCAUGUCAACCUUAGCCAACUUCUUCUAACAGAUGACGCACGCAGGCCAGAGGGCAGGGGGUUGACACAAUGAAGCUAUAAGAUGGCCAGCUUACAGGACACCAUCUACAUGCAGUUUUCAUUUUUCCCUUUUGUUUAGCUGUGGGGUCCUUGGCAUUGGUUAGUUGUGGCUAGCUUGCCAUAAAAAUGAAUUCCCCCCCUUGCUGUCAGGUUUUGAUGUGUCAAAUAUUUGUAAUAUGCACCAUCUAGAAACUGUACAAACAGACUUUUCUGGGAUUUUGUUUUUUAGUUUAUUUUUUAGUGGAUAGAAUUUGUCAACACACAGGAAAUUAAAAAUUCAUUUGUUUGUCUUUGUGCAGUUGUGUAAUGCAAUAUUUAUGUAUGGUUGUCACAAAAUCCCAAGGCACACUUGGACUUAGUACACUGAUGUUCUUUGGCAGCCCCAUUCUGGAACCACUGCCUUUAAAAAACAAAACAAAAUCGACUCUAUAAACAAUUAUAAACGUUCAUUGUUCUUAGAUUUAUUGCUUUGUUUCUCCAGUAAGACACGAGUCCGUCAUUUUGAGAAUCUCACUGAGUGUAGAGACGACCACUUAGAGGGGCCCUGAUAAAAAGCUUGACAGAUAGGAGACAGGAGUCAGGCAGACUGAUGGACAGGUGGAAGUGUUUCCAGCACUCUGAGGCUCAGAGCUGCAGGAAGGCUAAACGCUGAGUGGACUGAGUAGAAAGGAUGCGGAGGUUCGCCUACUGUAAGGUGGUUUUGGCCACUUCUCUGGUCUGGGUGAUGCUGGACAUGUUCAUUCUGCUCUACUUCAGCGAGUGCAACAAGUGUGAUGACAAGAAGCCGAGAGGACUGCCCGGGAGAGACGACACCAUGUCCAGACCGCGAGAUGGGCCUGGUGAAGGAGGGAAACCUGUGGUGAUCCCUAAAGAGCAGCAGGAGAAAAUGAAGGAAAUGUUUAAGAUCAACCAGUUCAACCUCAUGGCCUCGGAGAUGAUUGCUCUCAAUCGUUCGCUGCCUGACGUCCGCCUAGAAGGGUGCAAGAACAAGUUAUACCCCGAUAAUCUUCCUCGCACCAGCGUUGUGAUUGUAUUUCACAACGAGGCGUGGACCACGCUGCUGCGAACCGUCCACUCCGUGAUUGACCGCUCUCCGCACACACUGCUGGAGGAGAUUGUUCUGGUGGAUGAUGCCAGCGAGAGAGAUUUCCUCAAACAGCAGUUGGAGAGGUAUGUGAGAAAAUUGGAAGUCCCCGUCAGAGUCGUGAGGAUGGAGCAGCGGUCCGGGCUCAUCCGCGCACGCCUCAAGGGAGCGUCUAUCUCCACUGGCCAGGUCAUAACCUUUCUGGAUGCUCACUGUGAAUGCACAACAGGAUGGCUGGAGCCUCUGCUUGCCCGCAUCAAACAAGACAGGAAAACAGUGGUGUGCCCCAUUAUCGACGUUAUCAGCGAUGAUACCUUUGAGUACAUGGCAGGCUCUGACAUGACAUACGGAGGAUUCAACUGGAAGCUCAACUUCCGCUGGUACCCUGUACCUCAAAGGGAGAUGGACCGACGCAAAGGAGACCGCACGCUGCCUGUCAGGACUCCCACCAUGGCAGGCGGCUUGUUCUCCAUAGACAGAGAUUAUUUCCAGGAGAUUGGCACAUAUGACGCAGGCAUGGACAUCUGGGGAGGAGAGAACCUGGAAAUCUCUUUCAGAAUUUGGCAGUGUGGCGGGACACUAGAGAUUGUCACGUGCUCUCACGUGGGUCACGUCUUCAGAAAGGCGACGCCCUAUACAUUUCCCGGAGGAACGGGACAGAUCAUCAACAAAAACAACCGGCGUCUGGCAGAAGUUUGGAUGGACGAAUUUAAAAACUUCUUCUACAUCAUCUCUCCUGGUGUGACCAAAGUAGACUACGGUGACAUCACGUCUCGCACUGCUCUGAGGCAAAAGCUUCAGUGUAAACCCUUCAGUUGGUACCUGGAGAACAUCUACCCUGACUCCCAGAUCCCUCGACAUUAUUACUCCCUGGGAGAGAUCCGUAAUGUGGAGACUAACCAGUGUCUGGACAACAUGGCCCGCAAGGAGAACGAGAAGGUCGGCAUUUUCAACUGUCACGGGAUGGGAGGCAACCAGGUUUUCUCCUAUACGGCCAACAAGGAGAUCAGGACAGAUGACUUGUGUCUAGACGUGUCCAAGCUAAACGGACCCGUCAUGAUGCUCAAGUGCCAUCACCUCAAAGGCAACCAGCUCUGGGAGUACGACCCUCUGAAGCUGACCCUGAUCCACGUCAACAGUAACCAGUGUCUGGACAAGGCCAGCGAGGAGGACAGCCAGGUGCCCAGCGUCAGAGACUGCACGCACACACGCUCCCAACAGUGGCUGCUCCGCAAUGUCACACUACCAGAGCACCAGGAAUGAAAAAGACUUCCCUACACUGGGAUUUGGGAAGGAAGGAGGACAGAUUGGACGGUACUACCUCUGCCGGACGUCAGAGGGAGGAGUGUGUACAAGCCUCCUUAAAGCGAGAAGAGAGAAAAGCCUCCCUCUGAGAGAGACGAUGGCUGUUGUUUUACAUUCAUUUUGUUUUGGGGGUUUUUUAAAGAAAAAAGAGAUUUUAACCGCGGAGAGUUGACUCGCUCACAUGCGCGAAUACGAGGAACUAACUGGUGGAGUCAUCACAGCUUCCCCCGGACAAAGCAGUCCACCGCUCAACUCAUCACUUAACGUUUACUGACUGCCUCUUACGAGAGUGUGUGCACUUAUUUGUGUGUGUGUGUAUGUGUGUGUGCGUGUACUGAGAUGAAUGUAUGCUUUGAGAAGGGGACUGAAUUCCUUGUUGAUUUUCUUUCUUUUUUCAUGUUUGUUUUAUUUAAUUUUUUAUGGAUUUUGAAAAUGUACUCCUGUGAAGAAGGUUGUGCCUGUGUGUGUGUGUGUGUGUGUGUGUGUGUGUGUGUGUGUGUGUGUGUGUGUGUGUGUGUGUGUGUGCGCGUCAGAGCCAGUCCUAUGGUCUUGCAGCAGUGUGUGUCUCCCUCUGGUGUUACAGUUUAGCAUUUCAUCUUACAGGCUGACGCCUCCGUGCAGAGGGACAACGCAUACACACAAAAAAAACAAACAAAACAAGAAAGCGAUCACGAGGACCCGACGUCUGCCGUCAGCAGAAAUCUAGAGAUAGAGAAUUAUGAUGUUUGUGAUAUCUUAAGAUUUCUAUGUCCAGUUUUUACAUGGCUUGUCUGUUUCUACUGUUUCAGUAACCCUAGUUUGUCUGUACGUCUCUGUUGUCUUUAAAGAUAUUUAACAUAGAGCUAACACACACACACACACACACUCAGAGGAUACAUGAGUCUGUUACUGAUGUUCACUGCCUAUUGUAGUGUUCAACCACGUGGAUCUCCCCAGUAAGGCACUACAUUGCCACACAUAAACACACAGACAGACACACAUGCUGUAUACAUAUAGGAAAAAGGCUGCCUAAGCCUGAUACUUCAGUCCAUUUUUGUCAUAUCGUCUUCUCAAUGACCUCUUAAAGAAAAACAAAAACACUCCAAGGGCUUCUUUCCUCCAGCGGAGUGUGUGGAUGUUUGCAUUUGUGUGGGUGUGAGCGUGUGUUUCUUCAGUACUAAUCCCAGCCCAUUAGCUCCCUGUUUACUAGAACAAACGGCACUCCGAUUCCUCGCUAUUGGACGAGCAAGCACCCGUAGCGUAGACUGGCAGCAGAUUAGCAUACCCCUGCUUCCUCCGCCGUACUAAAAGAGCAAAACGCUGUUAUUUUUUACACAGAGCCGGGUUCCCUGCACUCCCCCUGCGGACAUAUCUACAGCAGGAACGUGGCACCGCUAUGAGAAUUAAUCAGGGACAGAAUAAAAGCUGUAGAGAGCCAAAAGGAGGGAAAGGGUUGAACUGUGUGAUUACAGAGAGCACAGCAGAUGACAUAUCUUAAUCCAUUACUACAUUUCUCUCACUUGGCAAGCGCACCUGCAGCAUUUCACUAUUCAUAUCUCAGUCAGAGGUAGACAGCGUGUCUUUUUCUUUUCCACUAUCACGCCUUCUUUAUUCUUAUUCUUUGUUUUUUUGUUGUUGUUUUUUUAAUCGCUUCUGCCGCUGCGAGUCAGGGCACCAGAGGUGAUUUCAAAAAAGGAUUUUUAAACAUUUCAGCUUCCUCCAAUGGAGGAAGGGUUUACACAAAGGACACGACAUCAGUUCAUCUUCGCCAUGGACAUGGCAGUGAGUGGAGGCCAUCAACAGGUUGUUUUUUGGGGGUUUUUUUCAUGUCUGAUUGAGUGACUGUGGUGAAGACGUGAGAGGUUUUUUGAUUGUAGGACAGACGGGGGAGCGUAUCCAUUGUUCUAAAUUCGGGAGUCGGGUUAGGGGGUGGGUUUGAAAUGAACUGACAUGUCCAGGCUUCCACACUGAGCUGAUCCAAAUGUAGAAAAUAAAAGUGAAAACGUUUACAGAAUA